ACUAUUAUGGUUAAUUUAAUUUGUCAAGUUGGGUUUUUAAUAAUUGAAUAUAAAAAUUUGUGGGAAAUUCUAAAUAGUUGCCUUUUUUUCUCUCUUUAAUUUUCUGUUUGGCGUUCAGUAGCUCUAAUUACUUGUACACUGCUAGUACCUAUCUGGAUCUACCUGUCUCUCUUCUCUGCCUCUCCCCACUUCUUCUUCUUCUCCUCUUCCUCCCCCUCUCUCUCUCACAAACCCACACACACACACGCUUUCUCUCUCUCUCAAUCUCCCAUCUUCCAUCUCUCAGUUGGAGAGAAAGAGAGCGACUUUGGGGUUUCGGCCUUACUGUCUGUCUCUCUGUGGACUCGGGGGGAACUAAAACCGGGCGAAAACCCGAUUCAAUUAGCGGGAGUGCUCUUUCUAGCUAAUGUGGGUUUUGGAGUUUGAGAUGCAAAGUUCGAAGCUUUUCACUUGCAGCGAGUUGACUCACCGGCGGUCGACCUAAUCGGUGGAAUUUGUUUCCUUUCCCGUAACGGAUUUUGUUCGGAUUCGGGAAGGAGUUGAAGGUUAACCCAAAUGAACACUGGAGGGCGGCUGAUUGCUGGUUCUCACAACAGGAAUGAGUUCGUCCUCAUUAAUGCAGAUGAGAAUGCCAGAAUUCGAUCCGUGCAAGAAUUGAGCGGGCAGGUGUGCCAGAUAUGUGGUGAUGAGAUUGAGAUCACUGUGGAUGGGGAGCCAUUUGUUGCUUGCAAUGAAUGUGCUUUCCCUGUCUGCAGGCCUUGCUACGAAUAUGAAAGAAGAGAGGGGACUCAGGCUUGCCCUCAGUGCAGAACGAGAUACAAACGUCUUAAGGGUAGUCCCAGGGUGGAAGGGGAUGAGGAAGAAGAUGACAUUGAUGAUUUGGAACACGAGUUUGAUUUUGAAGGGUUGAGCCCUGAACAAGUUGCGGAGUUAAUGCUUGCUGCACGUCUCAACACUGGUCGUGGAUCACAUCUUAAUGGCAAUGGCAUUCCCACGGAUUUCGAUUCUUCACCCCCUGGUGCUAAAGUUCCUCUCUUGACCUAUGGAGAGGAGGAUGCUGAUAUUUCUUCCGAUAGACAUGCUCUUAUAGUUCCUCCGCACAUGGGUCAUCAUGCCAACCGAGUCCAUCCAGUGCCUUACACCGAUCCAUCUAUUCCUCUGCAACCGAGACCCAUGGUUCCUCAGAAGGAUACAGCAGUCUAUGGUUAUGGAAGUGUAGCAUGGAAGGACAGAAUGGAGGAAUGGAAGAGAAGGCAAAGUGAUAAACUUCAGGUGGUCAAGCAUGAAGGAGAAAAUGACGGGGGAAGCUUUGAUGGGAAUGAACUCGAUGAUCCUGAUUUGCCAAUGAUGGAUGAAGGCAGGCAGCCUCUCUCGAGGAAGCUACCAAUUCCUUCUAGCAAGAUAAGUCCGUAUCGUCUGGUCAUCAUUGUGCGACUCGCCGUUGUGGGCUUGUUCUUCCACUACCGUAUUCUCCAUCCGGUCAAGGAUGCCUAUGCUUUAUGGCUGACAUCAGUUAUUUGUGAGAUAUGGUUUGCUGUUUCGUGGAUUCUCGACCAGUUCCCCAAAUGGUGCCCUAUAGAACGAGAGACAUAUCUCGAUAGACUCUCACUUAGAUACGAGAAGGAAGGCAAACCAUCACAGUUAGCCAGUGUAGAUGUCUUUGUCAGUACAGUGGACCCCCUGAAAGAACCUCCACUCAUCACUGCAAACACAGUUCUCUCUAUUCUUGCGGUUGACUACCCUGUUGAAAAAGUUGCAUGCUAUGUUUCUGAUGAUGGUGCUGCUAUGCUUACAUUCGAAGCGCUCUCCGAGACAGCUGAAUUUGCGAGGAAGUGGGUUCCUUUCUGUAAGAAGUUCAAUAUCGAGCCUCGAGCUCCCGAGUGGUACUUCUGUCAGAAGAUGGAUUACUUGAAGAACAAAGUUCAUCCGUCUUUUGUUAGGGAAAGGCGUGCUAUGAAGAGAGAUUAUGAAGAAUUUAAGGUUAGGAUAAAUGGGUUGGUUUCAACAGCACUGAAGGUUCCAGAAGAUGGUUGGACGAUGCAAGAUGGAACUCCAUGGCCUGGAAACAGUGUGCGGGACCAUCCUGGCAUGAUUCAGGUAUUCCUUGGCCAAAGUGGUGUUCGUGAUGUUGAAGGAAAUGAGUUACCUCGUUUAGUCUACGUCUCUCGUGAGAAAAGACCUGGGUUUGAACAUCAUAAGAAGGCUGGAGCUAUGAAUGCACUGGUACGAGUCUCAGCAGUUCUGUCGAAUGCUCCCUAUCUUCUGAAUGUCGAUUGUGAUCACUACAUUAACAACAGCAAAGCACUCAGAGAAGCAAUGUGCUUCAUGAUGGACCCUACAUCAGGGAAGAAAGUUUGCUAUGUACAGUUUCCACAAAGGUUCGAUGGCAUUGAUCGUCACGAUCGAUACUCCAAUAGGAAUGUAGUCUUCUUUGAUAUUAACAUGAAAGGUUUAGAUGGUUUACAAGGACCGAUUUAUGUGGGUACCGGGUGUGUUUUCCGGAGACACGCACUAUAUGGAUAUGAUGCACCUGUCACAAAGAAGCCACCUGGAAAAACCUGCAACUGCUGGCCAAAAUGGUGCUGUCUUUUCUGCGGGUCCAGAAAGAAGAAGUCAUUGAAGGCUAAGGACAACAAGAAGUCAAAGAAUAGGGAAACAUCCAAGCAGAUCCAUGCUCUUGAAAAUAUUGAACAAGGAAUAGUAGUAUCAAAACCAGUGAAGUCAACGGAGCAAUCCCAAACUAAAUUAGAGAAGAGGUUCGGACAGUCUCCGGUGUUCAUUGCUGCAACUCUUUUGGAAAAUGGUGGAGUUCCUAGAAAUGCAAGCCCAGCUUCCUUACUCCGGGAGGCGAUCCAAGUCAUCAGUUGUGGGUACGAGGACAAAUCCGACUGGGGAAAAGAAGUCGGUUGGAUUUAUGGUUCAGUUACGGAAGAUAUCUUGACCGGGUUCAAGAUGCAUUGCCACGGGUGGAGAUCGGUCUACUGCAUCCCGAAAAGGCCUGCAUUCAAAGGUUCAGCUCCUAUCAAUCUGUCAGAUCGAUUGCAUCAAGUUCUUCGGUGGGCUCUUGGAUCGGUAGAGAUUUUCUUCAGCAAACAUUGUCCAAUUUGGUACGGAUAUGGUGGCGGCCUGAAGUGGUUGGAGCGGUUUUCAUACAUAAACUCUGUUGUUUAUCCAUGGACUUCCCUUCCACUGUUGGUUUACUGUACAUUGCCAGCCAUCUGCCUUCUCACUGGCAAGUUCAUUGUGCCUGAGAUUAGCAACUACGCCAGUAUUGUCUUCAUGGCCCUCUUCAUAUCCAUCGCUGUGACAAGCAUCCUCGAGAUGCAAUGGGGCGGAGUAGGCCUCGAUGAUUUGUGGAGGAACGAGCAGUUUUGGGUGAUUGGAGGUGUCUCCUCUCACCUCUUUGCCCUCUUCCAAGGUCUCCUCAAGGUCUUAGCCGGAGUGAGCACAAACUUUACCGUCACAUCAAAGGCAGCCGACGAUGGAGAAUUCUCUGAGCUCUACAUAUUCAAGUGGACGUCUCUCUUGGUUCCGCCCACAACUCUCCUGAUCAUGAACGUGAUAGGAGUCGUGGUUGGCAUCUCCGAUGCAAUAAACAAUGGUUAUGACUCAUGGGGCCCUCUCUUUGGUCGGCUGUUCUUUGCCAUAUGGGUGAUUGUACAUCUCUACCCUUUCCUCAAGGGUCUUUUGGGGAAGCAGAACAAGAUGCCGACAAUCAUCCUGGUGUGGUCGAUUCUGUUGUCGUCAAUAUUGACCUUGUUGUGGGUCCGUGUCAACCCAUUCGUGAACCGGGAUGGACCUGUGUUGGAGGUUUGUGGGUUGAACUGCAACUGAUAAGAGUAAAUGGUGUCGUGCAGAUGAAGCAGCUUGGUGAGUGAAAACUACUUUGCUUGAGCUGCAAGGUUGGGGUGUGUUACAAAGUGUUGUGAAUCAAAAUUUUUGGCUGAGGAAGGGGAGGAGAAGGGCAGAGUUUGAGUCUUGUUUAGUCUGUGGAGGUGUAGAUAUCUUGUGGGAGUUGGGAAGGAACAUUUGGGUUUUUCUUUCUUACUAUUUAGUUUUUACAUGGGAGGGAAGUUUUAUUUUUCACUCUUUUUUGAAUUAAUUCUUUAAUUUAAUUGCUGGUGAGGUCUAGGGAGAGGGGUCUUUGUCAUAUUGUCAUAAUGGGUUCCUGUUUAUUUGAUGAUUGGUUUCCUGUAUUAUUCAAGAUCAUAAGUUAAUUCCCCCUUCGGUCAAAAUGUCUGGUGGGAAAGGGGGAAUUCCAGAAGUAUAAAGUGUCUGAAAAAAGCAGCAGCUGCAGCAGCAAAAACAUUUCUUGUUCCUCAAGGUUUCUUUUGUAAUCUUACUUUUUAUGUUGGACAGCAGCAAAACAGUGUAAUGUACUCUUCCUACUACUAUAUCAAUCAGAUUUGCAUAUUGCAGUUCACACUGAGACUUAUGAUAUACUCUUUAUUAAGAUGAUUGUUCUUAGAUCCCGGGAUUCCCGGACACGAACUAUGAAGGAAUCUUUCAGCAUUGUGCAUCUUCUAUUCUUGUUCAGGCUGAUCUGUCUGACCUGUUCCGUGUAUGUUGAU